AUGGCGAACAAGCACACAACCACCACCGACAUUAUCCACCGUCUUAUGGUGGCCGCUGUCCUAGCUGUGGCCCUGCCGGGCGCGGCGGCUCAGUCCCCGGCGUUGGCUCCGGGGAUGCCGGACGCGGCGGCUCCUUCCCCGGGGCUCGACUGCUUCACUUACCUAGUAAACCUUUCGGAUUGCCUGACGUUCGUGGAGGGAGGGAGCAACCUGACCCGGCCCGACCCGGGGUGCUGCUCGGAGCUGGCCAACUUGGUGGACACUCAGCCGAUCUGCCUGUGUCAGCUGCUGGGGAACCCGGAUCAGGUCGGCUUCCCGGUUGACGUCAGCAGGGCCCUUAGGCUGCCCUCCGUUUGCAAUGUCACCACCCCUCCGGUUAGCCUCUGUGCGGGAGCUCUUGCACCAAGUGAGGCCCCUUCAUAUGGAGCCCUUGCAUCAAGUGAAGCCCCUUCAGCAGGUGGUGGGCCAGUAGCAGCAGCAAGCCCAUCUCCUGGAGAUGGACAAAAUGGAGGCUCAAGCAAUUUGGGCUGCAACUUUAAGUCACUCAUUGGAUUUGCAGCUCUUGUUAUCAUAUAUUUCUUUUGA